AUGGCCACCGCAUCGACCCCUGCGAAAACCCAACGCUACCGCGCCCUCGAUGUCUGGAAUGCUUUGAAGAAGCGGGAUUUUGAAUACGGCCUCAACCUGCUUAUCACCGGCAAGUGGACCGUUGACGGCGUCGUCAAGGACGGCCUCAGCUUUCUCGACACUCAGGCUGGCAGCGAGCGAUGCCAGGAGGCGGCUGCAAUCGCCUUGUUCCUUCGUUGUAUUGUCGUCGAUUUCCUCAAAGAGGAUGGUCUCGACAAAGAGUUCGAUGAUCUCGUCACCGAUUACCCAUUAAUGCCCGCCUCAUCGACCCCUGCAACAACCCAACGCUACCGCGCCCUCGAUGCCUGGAAUGCUUUGAAGAAGCGGGAUUUUGAAUACGGCCUCAACCUGCUUGUCAGCGGCGAGUGGAUCGUUGACGGCGUCGUCAAGGACGGCCUCAGCUUUCUCGAUGCUCGGGUUGGCAGCGAGCGAUGCCAGGAGACGGCUGCACUCGCCUUGUUCCUUCGUCGUAUUGUCGUCGAUUUCCUCAAAGAGGAAGGUCUCGACAAAGAGUUCGACGAUCUCAUCACCGAUUACCGUGUGAAGCACGUUUCUGACAGGGACUGGACUGCAAUUUUCAAGAUCGAAGAUGUCCGCCUCGAGAACGCGCCUCAGUAUGACUUCAUCAAGCAGGCCAUCAUCGACAAGAUCGGCAGCAAAUGGGCAACGUUCCUCGGAUUGGCCCGCACGCUUACCUCGUUCAGCGUCCUGACCGACAUGGAGGCGGGUAUGCCUAUCCGCUACCGUCGCAAGAACGACGUCUUGGUCGAAACCUCAAAGGAGCAACGCGAUACCGGAAUGGGUGAAUAUCACGAUAUCGAGUUUGCGAUGCGCAAGGAAUUCACCGCGCUCUCAUUCGAUCUUAUCGAACACGUGGCCAGUACCGUUCUUGGCAAAAAGGCCUUACCGUUCGGCGAGGAGGCUCGUACUCUGCCUCACAUUCUGGAACAGGCGCGUGAGAUCUUCCACUUCUCCAGCGCCAACAAGAUCAAUCCGGGCCACAAGGAAUACCCCAUCACAAUCGGCUCGUUCUCCGCGUCCACGAUCAUCCUGAUUUACGCCUGCUACCACUACAGCAUUCCUAUCACGGAAUGCAUGCCCCGCCUCAAAUACGACGGACCAAUUCGCGCAGCUCAUGACGAGCCUGCUGAGAAGACCGACUCCGAGGCGCUGGAAGCCCUCAGCCUGGAUGAUCGGGUUACGGCACCGCCCGUCCUCACGUAUGUCAAGAGCGAAGCAAACGGCGGAUGCUACCGGUUGGUCAAACCCGAGGAAUACGGAAUUGAGAAUGAACCAUCUUGGAAGCUCGGCGGCUUUAGCAUGUACAACAUGCUGCAGACAGGCUCCCUCCUGUCAUCAUCUGAUGACAGCGAAUACGUCGCCACCUUGGAGAAGAACGACGUCACCCACCGCCUCACGAUCUUUGGCUUUUUCCACAACGAAUAUCCAGCGGCCACCGAGAAUGGAGGUAUCGAUCUCGUUACAUUGAUCAACAAGGUAUGCGGAGCGGGCGCCAGCGUUGUGAACGUGACCCUGGAGAGCAUCGAAGGUGGUUUGAAGCUGGACGUCAAUGAUCAAACCGAAACGAUCAGUUUCCUAUCGCUUGCCGCUGCAUGCAGCAGCCUAGCCAGACAGCACAAUCUCCACGACACGUUCCUUGCGCAUCAGCGCGACCCGGCCAUCAGCAGCGCGUAUCGGAUGCAGAACAAAUCCAUUCCCUACACCUACAACCACAUUGAGAUCUCGACCUCCGCGCAUGAAGAGAGGAAAUGGGGCAAGCUUCUGGAAAAGGUUCAGUCGACUGAGGAGCCGCUGUAUGCCAACCUCUUCACAGCCGGCAACGCAGCAUACAGCAUCCGCGACCAGACGGAGGCCGAUGCCUUGAUGCGGGUCAACAAUGUCAAUCAGAAGAUCAAGAGGUUGCUCGCCGCCCAUCCCAACCACGCGGUCUACCUGACUGAUGAACAUCGCGCUAAAUGGGAGGCAUCCACAUUCGCCGGGCAGAAGGGCGGCAAGAAGCAGAAGAAGGGCGGGAACGCUUCCAGGGCUCAAGGAAGUGAUAUUGAGGUUUUGUCCAUAGUUAUGUCAUACUAG